CCGAUCUGAGCCGAGUCCAUUCCGCUCGCCCGCUCAGAGCCGAGGGUUUCGUUCGCUCUCUGCUCAGUGUCUCCGAGCUGAGGGUUUCCUCUCGGUGCCGAUCUGGUUGUCCCUUCCCCCUCCCUUUCCCCAGAGCCGAGGGUUUCCGAUUGGAGCCGCUCACCGUCCUGUGACUGACACAAGAGGAGAAAUGGCGCCCACCGAGCCGUAGAGCCAGAGCGGCCGGGAGAUAAGGGGGUGGCGGAAAAUGGUGCGGACUCGGCGCAACUCGGUGCUCGAGCCGGAGCUGAUUGGUGGUCGCAUCUCGUCCAGGACCCGUUCGUCUCGUUCCUCGUCUAAACAAGACGAUAACAAACGGCAGGAUCCUGGUAAUGAUGAAACUAGUUUGAGUGAUUGUCAGGCAGAACCACCUGCAAAGCUUAGGCGAAGGAAUGCAGAUCCAGUUUCUAGUGAUAUUUCAACUGAACAUAGCCCCCAUAACAGUGGACCAGCAGAAGAAUGGUGUGGCUCAACGAGGCAAUCCAGGUUAACAACUCGGGCUGGUGCUUCAAUGCAAAAUGGGCAUAGUAGUUUGGUUCUCAGAAAUCCUGGAAGUCGACGUGAAUCCCAGGAGGAUGGGAGUCAUUCUCACAUGAAUGGUGAUUCAGAAGUUAGAAGAAGUGGCCGUGCAAGGAGAAACAAAUUUGAAACCCUCAACCAAAGCCUUUUGUUUGAUCAACUAGUAAACAGUACUGCUGAGGCUGUUCUGCAAGAAAUGGACAACAUCACAAGUAACAUAAGGCAAAACAGAAGGCCUGGAGAAGUGGAGCGUCUCAGAAUGUGGACAGAUACAGAGUUUGAAAACAUGGAUAUGUAUUCCCGUGUGAAGAGGAAAAGAAAACCUUUGAGAAGAAACAUGUAUGGAAUGCCUAUUCAUGUUGAAGAAACUAGUGAAGGAGAUGAAGAGGAGGAAGAAGAAGAGGAGGAGGAGGAGGAGGAAGAAGGAAGUGAAGAAUCUCAAGAAGAGGAAGAAGAUGGAGAUGAAGUAGAAGAGGCUGAAGAAAAUGACAGACCAUAUAACCUGAGGCAACGGAAAGCUGUACAGAGAUAUCAAGCCCCUCCAAUAGAGCCUGUUCAUCGAAGACAAAGACAAAGCACACUAUUUGAUACACUCAGAUCUCCUGCAAGAAGAAGCCACAUUAGAAGGAAGAAACAUGCAAUCCAUAGCAGCGAUACCACCUCAUCAUCCGAUGAAGAACGUUUUGAAAGAAGAAAGUCCAAAAGCAUGGCAAGAGCUAGAAACAGGUGUCUUCCAAUGAACGUUAGAACAGAAGAUUUGACAAGUGAAAUCCUUAGGGAACGUGCGAAAGUUGGUGCCAGUCUGGCUGAUGUAGAUCCAAUGCACUUAGAUGCAUCAGUACGGUUUGAUAGUGUUGGAGGGUUAAGUCAGCAUAUUCAAGCUCUUAAAGAAAUGGUCGUUUUUCCUCUCCUCUAUCCUGAAGUAUUUGAACGAUUCAAGAUUCAACCACCAAGGGGUUGUUUAUUCUAUGGGCCUCCUGGAACAGGCAAGACCUUGAUGGCUAGAGCCUUGGCAAAUGAAUGCAGUGUGGGAGACAAGAAGGUUUCAUUCUUCAUGCGGAAAGGUGCAGAUUGCCUUAGCAAAUGGGUAGGAGAGUCUGAGCGCCAACUCAGGCUGCUGUUUGAUCAGGCUUACUUAAUGCGACCGUCCAUAAUUUUUUUUGAUGAAAUUGAUGGCCUGGCACCAGUUCGUUCAAGCAGACAAGAUCAAAUUCAUAGUUCUAUAGUGUCAACAUUACUGGCACUGAUGGAUGGACUGGACAAUAGGGGGGAAAUAGUUAUAAUUGGUGCUACAAAUAGACUUGAUUCGAUUGAUCCUGCACUCAGGAGACCUGGUCGUUUUGAUAGGGAAUUCCUUUUUAACCUGCCUGAUAAAAAGGCACGGAAGCACAUAUUUCAGAUCCAUACCAGAGACUGGAAUCCAAAACCUUUGCAGGGUUUCCUUGAAGAAUUAGCUGAAAAGUGUGUAGGGUACUGUGGAGCUGAUAUUAAAGCACUUUGCACUGAGGCAGCCUUGUUUGCCCUUCGUCGGCGUUACCCUCAGAUUUAUGCAACCAGUCAGAAGCUGCAGCUGGAUGUCUCAUCUAUUGUCAUAAGUGCGCAGGACUUCUAUCUUGCCAUGCAGAACAUUGUGCCUGCUUCUCAACGAGCUGUGACCUCAUCAGGAGAAGCACUAUCACACAUCAUUAGACCUCUGCUGGAGAAUGCCUUCAAUGGAAUUCUGAUUGCUUUGUACAAGGUUUUUCCUCAUGCGGAACCAACACCGAAUGACAACAAAGAUGAUGCUGUGAAUCACAUUCUGGAAGAUUACAUCCACAGUGAUGAUGAGGUUGAGCAAACUAUUUUUGAGAGUUCUUCACUGGGAUCACCAAAGAAACAAACUCCAGCUACUAAACAUAAACCCUUUAUGCACUUCUCCAUGUCAGCACUUCACCAGCCCAUAUCCCAUCGUCCUCGGUUACUUCUUUGUGGAAACAAGGGAUCUGGUCAAAGUUCACAUCUUGCUCCUGCUUUGCUCCAUUCACUUGAGAAAUUCUCAGUGUACAGACUAGAUUUGCCAGCAUUGUACUCUGUUAGUGCCAAAACACCAGAGGAGUCUUGUGCACAGAUGUUCCGUGAGGCACGUCGGACAGUACCAAGUGUUGUUUAUGUGCCUCAUAUUAGAGAGUGGUGGGAUGCAAUCAGUGAUACGGUGAAAGCUACUUUCCUGACUCUGCUGCAGGACAUACCACCAUUUUCUCCUAUUUUGAUAUUGGCUACCUCUGAAACAACAUAUGCUGAACUACCAGAUGAGGUUAAAUGCAUUUUUGAAAUUAAUUAUGGAGAAGUUAUAGAUUUACAGAGACCUACUGAAGAUGAAAGAACAAGAUUCUUUGAAGAUUUGAUAUUGAACCAAGCAGCAAAGCCUCCACCUAAGAAGAAAAAGUCUGCUUUGCUUGCCUUGGAAGUCCUUCCACCUGCAUUACCUCCUCCACCAAGACAAUUAUCAGAGGAGGAACAAAAACGAAUGGAAGAACAAGAGGAAAAUACCUUUCGGGAACUUCGACUAUUUCUCAGGGAUAUUACCAAAAGACUUGCCACUGACAAACGAUUUAAUAUCUUUAGUAAACCUGUGGAUAUUGAAGAGGUUUCUGACUAUCUCGAAGUCAUCCUACAACCUAUGGAUUUAUCAACCAUGAUGAUGAAAAUUGAUAACCACAAGUAUGAAACAGUGAAGGAUUUCCUGAUAGAUAUUAACCUCAUCUGUAGCAAUGCUCUUGAAUACAAUCCUGAUAAAGUUCCUGGAGAUCGCAUGAUUCGGCACAGAGCCUGCACACUCAAGGAUACUGCACAUGCAAUGAUAGCUGCUGAGCUGGAUCCUGAGUUUAACAAACUCUGUGAAGAUAUCAAAGAGUCCAGGAGAAAGCGAAAUUUAGCAGCAACAACAGCAGCAGCAAAUCAGACAAAUCACAGUUCAGAAGCAAAUAGAGAUAUGGCUCAAGACUUAACUCGGAAUUUAGAAGCAACUACCCCAAAUGGGGAAUGCAGGCAUGCAAUUCACAUUAAAAGGAAACCACGUCGUCGUUCUAAGUGGGGCCGUGGUAUUAUUAGAAAGCCAAAAAAAGUGAGCCACCUGAAGAAAGAAGAUGAUGACAUUAAACAUGAUGAACGUGAUGGUGACCAAGGUGAAGAAAGUGAGCUAGCAGAGAAUGGAGAAUUGGAAGUUAGUACAGAUUAUCAUGAGAAUGGAGAUCUCUCUUUGACCAAUGAUGAAUCAUCGUGUGAUAUCAUGGAUGUUGGCCAGGUGGAAAAUAAACUUGAAAAUGGUACAGUGGAAAAAAGGAGUAGUGAUCUCAAAUCCCCAAAGAAAGAUGGGUCAGCAAGCUUUCAACUAGAUGGUAAUAAUGAGUUUUCUGUAAGGAAAACAAAUGCUGCCCCAGGAGAACAAUGUGUACCUAAUGAUGCCUGCACAAAUGGCAAAGGGACAGUACCAAAUGAGUGCACAUGGAGUGAUGAAUCUAUGGCAAGUGCUGAAAGUGAACCUGUUCAAGAAUGUUUAGCUCACAGGACAUGUACACCUGCUAAUUCUGCACCUGACAUUGAUUUGUCUGUUGCGAAACACGAGCCUGGAAAGGAGCUUGAACCCACCAAGGAGUUAAUGACUCAGCUUGUGCCAAACUCAAAGUUAUCAGUAAGAGAAGAUGACAAAAAACAACUGGUUGAAGAUGGCUCACAAACUGUAAUUGGUACAACACAGGCAGCCAUGGCAACAAAGUGUUCUCAGAAUAAAGAUGUUGAUCUUAAAGCAUUAGGACCUGAAAAAGAUGUUUUGAGCAAGAUGAAAUCCAGUCAUCCAGAACAAGGGGAACAGAAGACAGUGGUCCACAUGGAGCAGGACGUACCUGAACCCAUCCCUCCAGUAAUUGUGGACCAUGCACGAUUGAAGCAUAUUCUCCAAUUGGCCACUAAGACGAGCAAUAACUUCACAGUUGAUCAACUUGAAAAGCUUUAUUCUUUGCUUAGUCAAUGUAUCUAUCAUCAUCGCAAGGAGUAUGACAAAACUCAGUUACUUGAGGAAAUGGAGAAUCUAUUAAAGACCUUUCAUACAUUCCUGUGAACCUUUGAAGAGGAACAGGUUCAUCACAUAAACUGCUUGCAAGGAAGCAGUCUUCUGAGCCAUUCAGCAACAUUCAGAGCCUUGGUCUUAAUCUUUUUUUGUGAAUUGGUGCUAUUGUCUCAGGUACCUGGAACAGACUAGCCUACAGAACCAAACUGGACUUCAUUGAGAUUUCAGAGUAAAACCACUUGCCAUCACUGUUGCACAGUCUGGUGCUAUAAAAUAUAAAAGUGGUUCAUAUUGUUUUUCUCCCAACAUUAAUUUGCCAUCAGUGAAGCAGAAACUUCUUAAUUUAAGAAACUGGAUGGAGUGAUUCAACUAUUUUAUUGAUUUUUUGACGAUAUUUAGCUUAAGAUUUGCUUUUUAUUGAUGGAUUUUGGAAUUUGAAUGUUCAUUUUGUAGUGGAUUGAUCCCUUAAGCUUGCGUCAUGAUAAAUAGCUGGAGUAACUGGAUGCAAUUUUUAGAAUUUUCAAGCCACUGACCGCUGUAAUAGUGUUGUCUUUAUUCCUAAAUUGAAGCUGGCAUUUUGUUUUCUUUCCAAUCACAGAAUGUGACAGAUUUUUUUUCAUACAAUUGCACGUCCAGUGUUAUAAAGCCCACUAUCCAAAUAUCCACUACAGCCUCUUCAAAAUUUAAGGUGCAUUUAAUAAAAUAUGCAAAACAUAGUAACUUAUACAAACCAACAGUAAUCUUGGACUACUGCAGCUAUAUUGUUGAGCUACCUCAGCUUUUUCAGUCACACAGUUUACCAGUUACCAUCAGUGUUUACUGAAUACUGUAAUAAAUGUGUGUGUGCGCAACAGUUUACUUUCUAAAGCUAAGGUACUUGAUUAUAAGAUAUUUUGCAGUCCUCACUCAACUUGCAAAUUUUUGGCUUCAAGAAACUGCAGUAAUCCAAAGUGCUCUUCAGAAUUUCCAUCUGAGCCUUCAAUUCCCGACUUGAAUAUAUUCAAUAAAAUGACUGCUUGGGACUAUCUAUUUAAAAUGUAGAGAAAUAAAAGUUUAUAGAAAUUUAAUAAGACUAAUAGGAACUCGCAUAAAUUCAUUAACAUAUGUUUUCAUAGUGAUGUUUUCCUUUCCUAUUUAUUAAAAAGUAUAAUUGCAAGAGGGUAUUUUACAAUCUAAAUUACACUAAACUUGCAGCAAUUUUUUAUGGAGCAGAUUUGGGAAAUUAUUACAAACUGUACAUUUGUUGAGAAACAUAGCUGAAUUUUGUAGCAAGUUUCUGAUAAAAAGGGUUGAAUAGGUCUCAGGAACUGCUGCGUCCUUACUGUUUUUGAAAUUAAUUCAUUUGUUCUCUAUUUCAUUUGCAAUUUAACGUCCUGUGCCAGUAGCAGCAUUGGUAGCAUUUAAUAAAACCCAGAAAUGUUUUUACAAGUUACCAAAAUUGAUUAACAUUUUUCAACUCCCACCACCUUGCCAUUGUUUUAUCUAAAUUCCUUUCAUUAGAGUUUUUUUUGUCUUUCCUAUUGCUUUAUUUCAUUUGUCUCAUAAUCCCAUUUCCACUGAAUAUGAGAAUGCCAGGUUAUGUAGAUGAACAUGGGAUUCAUCAUAAUAUAAGCUUGAAUUCUUUUGAAAAGCAGCAUUGGCUGUUGUAUUUGUACAUUUAUUUUCUUAGUCAUUGGUGUCUUGUUUUGGUUUCCUAUAAAAUAGUGUCUAUUUUUGUUUGAAUUGCGUAGCUUUGCAACGUUAUGCUAUAUAUUGAAUUCUAUAGUUAUUGAGCAUUGUAUUAAAAUAACUUUCCAUUUCAUAUUAGAAUGAUAAUAAAUUAUUUAAAUGUUUUGAUUUUGAACUUUUGGAAUUUUGAACACUUUUACUGUAAUUUGUAAGCCAACUGCUGUGAAAUACUUGAAUAAAGGUGAGAAGCAAGAA